AUGGGUUUCGAGUACGAUGUGACCAUGGUUUCCAGCUACGAUACACUCUAUCCCUGUGAGAACAUCACAAACGGGAGCGGCGCCGGUUUCUGGACCACGACAGGAACUUAUCCCCAGUGCUUGGUGAUCACACUGAAAGAGACGACUCAUGUGAAGAGUCUGGAACUGUUUUCAUGCAACGUAAAAGGGCUCCGCAUUGAAGGCAGUGCGUCCGAAUCAGAGGCCCUGAAUUUCGAAGAAAUAACUCAACAAGAAAUUCCCCCGGGUAAUCUCCAGAAAACGACCGUCAGCGACAUAAAUGGCGAUUUCAAACACCUGAAAUUCGAUAUUCUCUCCGGUCAUGAACAUUUCGCCUCCAUCCACGAUCUCACCGUUAUGAACGGGUAA